GGCGUCAUGAUCUCUACCACAUCGGCGAAAGAAAAACGGAACAUGGACGCGGAGAUGUUGAAUACUAUUGCCAGUGACGCAGGUGGCACCGCGUCUGGUGCGUCGGGGAAGACUACGACAGCUGUGAGCAACGAAAUUGACGAUCAGAAGACUACGGUAGAGGUGAACCAAGAGGAGGCAGAAGCAGACGCGAUUCUCUGUGCAGAAGUGGACACAAUGGUCAAAGAUGCGAUUCUAGCGGGCGGGAUGAACACGAAAAUCCCAUAUACCUGUAUAUGCGGAAGCAAAUUAGAGGAAACCACUGUGGAGGAACGAUGCAA